UUACCUCAACUACUGGUCAAAAGAUUCUGCGUUGUCGCAUCCAUUCAUUUGUUGCUUUCAACCAUCUAAUAAGUUGCGGCAGCGGAUGACAAUGAUCCAUCCUUAUUAGAGCACCACACAUCCAAGACAAUGUUUCGUUUGAUGCGACCGCUGCCGCUACCUCGAAAAGAGCGUCUUAAUGGCCUCAUCAGUGAAUACCGUAGGCGUCAAAGGUACCCUCCUCCCUCUGUUGUCUCAAGAAAUGCAUCAAUUUUCGUCGGACGUGACCAUGAUGGCGUAGUAGCUCCACAACAAUGGAGUUCUACUGCUCUAGGUAGAUGGAAUAACACAGCUAAGGGGUCGUUAGGAUGGAGAAGCACUGCUGAAUUUUCCACACAAUUGGGAAAGCAAGAUACAUUGGAGUCAGAAAAAUCAGAUGCAUCCAAGUCAACGAACAACGACAAAUUCACAAAGCUAAUAGAGAGACUCAAGUCUGACGACCCACAAGCACUCGAGGAUGCACAUCAACUCUGGACAGAAAUAAGCAUAAACUAUCAGGAGCAAGAAGGUGUUCUGCUAGAUUUGGCCGAGGCAAUACUGGAUCGAUUACAAAAAGUGGGUAUGGGGGAGCGUACCCAAAUUAUGGCAGAAACCAUUGUCAAUGACCUGGAACGUCUCAGCCAAGAGGAUCCGAGCAUCCAACCACCUUCCGUGGCUUGCUAUCAAACUUUAGUUUCUCUUUGGUCCCAAGAGCCACCAGCUGGAAAUCCAGAACAAGCCGAACGUUCGUUUUGGAAACUCAUUAGUGGUUGGAAGAUUCAGGAGCCAACAACCAAAGAAGCCAAAUCCCAACAAACUACAUUGACCAACAGUUUGAAUACCGUCCUUCGCUGCUGGGCAAUUUCGGGUAAACCCGAUUCGGGCAUGCAAGUGAAUAGAAUUCUCGCCAAGGUGACUCAAGCACCAAAGAAAGCGGCCAAUCCCGUGACAAUUAUUCAACCCAACCCGGAGACUUGCCAUCUGGUCAAUUUGGCGUGGCAAACUGCCGUCGUAUCGGCAAACAGCGACAAUACACUGCAAAGCAAAGACUACUUGUAUGCCGCCAAACGAGUACACGGCAACGUCGAUUUCAUGUGGCGGCGAGCACAACGCCACAAUCAUGAUCCAGCAAGAACCAGCAUAAACGAAGAAUGGCUGCCGCAACCCAGCGUAUAUUCUUGGCUCAUUGAAAUGUACGCACAAGCAGGUGCAUAUGACAAGGCCAAGGCACUGUUGGAUCGUCUCAUUGCGCCACACAGAAGCAGCAAUGAGGCCACAACAAUCUACCGUCAACAUUUGCCGCUUCCCACUACCAGCAUGUACAAUCAUGUCCUCGCGGCAAUGUCACAUCAAGGCAAGGGAUUUGAAGCGGGUCUGGUGCUCUCCAAAUGGGUCAGCCAAUGUCAACAAAAAACUCUCAACUUGGAAGAACCUGAGACAACAUCAUCCUCUGUGGAAACUUCUUUACCGAGUGACACGGCUGCAUGGUGCCAACCGGAUGAAACCAGUUGUCUCUUGGUGAUUCACGCCUGGGGAUGCGUUCCUGAAUACCGUCGAGCCAAGAGUGCCGAAAACAUUCUGCAACGAAUGCUCGAACUGGAACGACAAGACAACCCACGUCUCAAGGUAUUGCCGUCUCCGACUGUGGAAACGUACAAUGCCGUCUUGCAGGCCUGGUCGAUUAGUCGACAUUACAAACUAUCAACGCCCAUUACGCAAGUCGAACGAUUGUUAGUGGAUAUGAACAAGUACCGUCGAUAUAUCAAGGAAAACCCCUGUGCUCCCAACAUGCGUUCGUACGAACUGCUGCUCGAAACCUAUGCCAGAUUUGGAUACAAGCUGGGGGAUCGAAAACGACGCAUGGACAAGGUGAUUCGAGAGAUCAAGGGUCAUCGGAAACUGAUACCCAGUGAACGAUGUUUGGAGUUGGUGGAACUCUGUCAAGAUGACACAUGGAAGCUGGAGGGGUAGCUAAAUUAGUUAACCAUGUCAGACAAUCUGCUUUAGUCGCCAAAGGAUGACGAGGGUAACAUUUCCAUUUGGAAGUGUCUUUUGUGGCACCAAAGUAGCACACAUGAAUCACGUAGCCCCUAAACUCUACUGUGGUUGUUCACUUGCCCCAACGCCUAGUUUCUCGGGAGAAGGAGUGACGGCUGGGAUGCCAUUCGAGUGGCCCUGUGACAAUGGAUAGGUUGGUAUCCCUGUAGUCUCCUGCAUUCGAACUGGGGUUAACACCACGAUGUGUUCUCCAUCCCCGGGUAGUUCCAACCGUUCCGACUCCUCGUUAGGUAGACUCUUGUUUGCGAGGUCAAUCAUCAUUCCGUUCAUGCUCAACUUUUGGAUUUCUUUCUUGUCGAGUUCCAGAGUGGCUCCAAAGUCUUUUACGAAUGUUCGAUGGUUGUCGUUCAAUAUAUCACUACUGUCGAGCGAUUCGGCCAUCAAGCCAUCAGAGAAUUCUUCGGGCAAUGCCUCUGCCUUUUCAAGUGCCACGCACCAACGUUGACCGACUUUUAGCAGCGUGUGCUUGACUUUCAAGGGAUAGUCGCAGUACAAGAAGGAAGAAGGUUGACCGCCACUGUCCGUUGCAUUACGCAGAGUGCUGGCACGAUGCUUGGUGGAACCAUGGACCACCCCAAAGACAGCGCCAGUCGAAUCAAACAGGGGACAACCACUCAUGCCAGGUCUGGAGGGUGAGUUGACCAUUCUUCGCUCGUUUUCUGAGAAAAUAUGAUCUCCCCUGAUAUGGAAUGCGGUUGAACCGACACCCACAACCGUUUGUCCAACCUGGUGAUGGUCGGACACGAGAAUGGGAUGUGAUUCCAUGCUUUCUUCCACGUUGACGCCAAGGAACUCGAUUUGGAUAAGGCCUACAUCAGCUUGACCCGUCUCAACACAUGAUCGUGGAAUGAACACAUCCUUCACGUCUAACCCUGCCACAUGUGCAUUGUCUUUCCAAGGAAACCACUCGACCGAGACGUCUUCCUUGGCCAUCAACCUACACGCAACGUGUGCCGCGGUGAGGAUGAAGAGCUCGGAUCCUUCAAGUUUCACAUGGAGGCCAUGGCCAAUUCGGUUCGUUCCUACAAGUAUCGAUACAGUGAAGGCCUUUUGCCAUCAUCGUCGCAGUUGGACAGAGCGUGCUUUCGCAAAGCAAUCUCACGUUCGAAUCGAUUUUGUACAAUGACUGUCUCAUCUCUCGUCGGAACUCCAUCUCUCGUCGGAAGUCUUUCAUUGACUCAUCGAGGGCAAGCUCUUGCGACUUGCUUGAGCAUGCACCCAUGGCGAGGGUUUACUUUACUGCGGCAGGUGGAAGUACUCUACUCUGCUCGUUUCUGGGGUCGAUCAUCAAAAGUCCUUUGUGAGCGUGUAAGGACGGGCGCGCUGAGCUCUGGGCUGUCACGAUUUGACAGUUUCACGGGUGUGAAACUUGAGUUUGUUGGGUGGU